AUGCUUGUAGCCGUUUCAACGUGCACCCCAGCCAUGGAACUCGCUGCCAAGUCGUGCCUUGGUUGGCCGCACCAAUCCAUUUCGACGGAACGGGAUGGCGGGCCGCAGGCCGGCCUGGCUUUGCGUGGGCUGGAAAACUUUCUUGCUCACGCAAAGGCCAAGACUGUUUGCUGCGGGAAGUGUAGCGAUCUACGGGUCUGGAUGGUUGCUCGCCACCUCCCAUCUGUCGUGGUUCUCGACGAGACUCGGCAUGGAGGUUGGUCGAAAGCUUGGGAAGGCUGGUGUCGAGUGUCUCUCGGGAGUUUGAACGGGGUUCAACAUCAUGUGUUCUGUGGUCCCUUAACUGUGGCGUUCGUACAGGUGGGAUCUACGGUAUGUAUCGAAACAACUACAAGGUUCAAGUGGCUUUAA